GGGGGGCAGAAAUGGAAGCUGAAGCUCACCGGGACUCCAUGUGAAUUUGACUAAUGCGGUGCUGGAAGGUUUUCGGACAGUAAAGAUGCAGAGCAGCAUUUCCCACUCACCGCCAGCCAUAGCUGUUGGCACUGGGUGAGGGGUAGAGAAGCCAAACGAGAGGAGGAGUAACCAAGGUGGAGAUUUAAGAUCAUUUUUGUCUCACAUCCGACUUUGUUUGACCGCAAUAUUCCAGCUACAAACCAGACGCAACCUUUGACCCGCCGAUCACCUUUCGCUUCUCCCCAACACCUUCCAACGUUGAGCCUGCGAGGCAGGGGAACCGCACCUGACUUUCAUGGCAGCGGCACUCUAGGGCUGCCAUGGCAGCUGCUGCCGCCGAUGCCUCACACUGUAUUACCGCACUGACGCCGGAGGAAGAGGGACGACGCACUGCCGCCAAGCUGUUUGGGAGCGCCGCCCCGCUGCCACGGACGGAGAGAGAGCGAGAUCGGGGGAAAGAGAGGGAAGAGGAAGGAGAGAAAGUGGGAAGAGCAAGUGGGAACGAGUGUCUGGUGUGCGGGGCCCUGUUUGUCACACAGGAGAAGCUCCGGCUCCACACUUCGAGUCACACCGGAGAGAAGCCGUUCCACUGCUCACAGCCACACUGUCCCAAGGCCUUCAGCUCCAAGUACAAACUCUUCAGGCAUAUGGCCACACACUCUCCGCAGAAGACCCAUCAGUGUUCGUUCUGUGAAAAAAUGUUUCACCGCAAAGACCACCUGAAGAACCACCUGCAGACCCAUGACCCCAACAAAGAGGCCUUCAAGUGUGAGGAGUGUGGGAAGCACUACAACACCAAGCUGGGAUACAAGCGCCAUGUGGCCAUGCACUCGGCUACUGCAGGGGAUUUAACCUGCAAAGUGUGCAUGCAGAGUUACGAAAGCACACCUGUUCUCCUGGAGCACCUCAAGAGCCACUCGGGGAAGUCUUCCGGUGGUGCCAAGGAGAAAAAACACCCCUGCGACCACUGUGACCGACGUUUCUACACACGGAAAGAUGUGAGACGGCACAUGGUGGUCCACACAGGGCGAAAAGACUUUCUGUGCCAGUACUGUGCCCAGCGCUUUGGCAGGAAAGACCAUCUGACACGGCAUGUGAAGAAGAGCCACUCACAGGAGCUGCUGAAGAUUAAGACGGAGCCUCCGGAUAUGCUAGGCCUGUUGACGACAGGAUCUCCACCAUGCUCAGUAAAGGAAGAACUCAGCCCUAUGAUGUGCGGCAUGGGGCCCAACAAAGACCCCAUGAUGGGAAAAUCAUUCCCCAGCGGGGCACCGUUUCCCAUGAGCAUGUAUAACCCUCACCAUCUCCAGGCCAUGUCUAAUUCUGGUGUGGGUCCCCCACAUCCUUCCCUAAUGCCCAAUUCCUUGUCUGCAGCUAUGGGCAUGGGCUGUCAUAUGGAAUCCACCGCAUCUAUUCAUCCACACUCCCAUCACCACCACCACCACCACCACCACCACCAUCAUCACCAUUCCCCUCCAACGCCCCCGCACCACCAGCCUGCGGCUCCCCAGCAGCAGCACCAGCCCCAGCCAGCACCCAAAUACCAGCUGGGAUCUACCUCAUACCUGCUGGACAAGCCCUUGAAAGUAGAGAUGGAGAGUUUUCUCAUGGAUCUGCAAAGUGGUCUACCAGGCCCGGUUCCCUCUGCAGAGCCCCAUGCUGCUGCCUCACCCCCCAAGGACGGAUUGGAGCCCACUUCAGGCUUGGCCGAUGACCUUUGUGGGGAUCCCCUCCUGUCCAAGAGCCCUGCAGUGAUCGCUGAGUCUCUGUGUGCUGCUAACAUGGAUUUUUCCCACCUGCUGGGUUUCCUGCCCCUAAACCUUCCUCCCUACAGUGCCCCCAUGAGCACAGGAGGACUGGUUAUGGGGUACACCUCAUCUGUGACCUCCUCCACUUCUUCCUCUUCCUCUUCAUCUCUGCACGCCGCCGAGCCCCAUGCCGCCGCCGUCGCCGCGGCAGCAGCCGCCGUCGCCGCGGCACCUCUUACCUCUUUGCAACCGCAACCUCAGGAGCAGCAGAGCUCCAGCGGGGGUCUAGGCCUUGGAUCCCUGCACCCCCUUCCACCAGUGUUCAGCUCCAGCCUUAGUAACACCACGUUGCCUCGCUUUCACCAGGCCUUCCAGUGACAGAGGCAGCCUCUUCCCUGCCAAGGUGGCCUCCUCCACACCAGCACCAGCUCAGCUUGGAUAUUUCAGGUCACUAUGAACAAGGCCUGAUGGAAAAGUUGGAGAAUUAAGUUUAAAAAUAAAUAUGUAAAUGAACACUUAGAAGCCUUAAAUGAAAGUGCGCACAAAAACUUUUGAUUGAGCCUUAAAAGGAAGUUGAAACCCCUUUGAGCAAAAAAGAAAACAUAAGAAAAGAAGUUGAAGCAGCUUUUAUUUGGGCUUUUCCCCCCUUAUCCUAUAGAUAUAACAAUGUAUUAACCCAUGUUUUUUUUGUUUUUCAUUUACUUCCCCUUUUAUCUUCCCCCUUUUAAGUAGAAUAGAGGGCAGGAUCAGUAGGCCUAAAGGCGUGGUACUGCAUACUUAAAGUAAUAAUAUAAAAAGAAAAAAAAAAACAAAGAUCAUUUUUAGUGGAGAUUAUCUGUCUUGUUGUGACCCAGAAAAAUAUAGUUUGAAGUGGAAAUUUUGUUUUUACUUUAUUGUUCUUCCCCCUCCCUCCCCCCAAAUGUAAGAACAUGGUAGGAUGUUUCAUAUGUUGAGUUUUGAACCACCCGUGCUAAAACUCUGAAUCAUGGUGAUUAAUUCGGAGAGGAGAGAGCUCAGUGGGGGAAAGAGAUGAACGGUAGUUUCUUCCAUGAGGUGACUUAGCCAGACCCGCAAAACAACCCCAACCUCCAAAAACAAAAGUGCUCUUCAAGUAAUACAAAAAUGACACGAGAAUUUGUCUGAUUUUGGAGCAAAACAUGAAAGAAAUACGUUAGAAAUGAUUAACUUUUUUUGUUGUCGUUUCUCAAGAAAAGCACUUUUUUGUUUAACAGAAGGCACUUCGCUUCUCGUCUCCUGCCUCGUACUUUCGUACGAAAGCCUCUUUGUGCCGGCUAGAAAGAAAUACGAAGAGCUCUGUGAAACUCCACUUAUUCAGAAGUUGACAUGUUCGGUUUACAAAACUGCGUAAACCUUAAACCAGGAGAGCAAAUGUUCCGUGCACUCUAUUUCUAAGGUCUGCAAGAAUCAAGAAACAGAACAAUGUUAGUUCUUACCAAGUCAGUUUUGUGGUUUGUGGAAAAACUCAUUUGCAUAAUUUCCACGCUGGAACGACAGCUCUUCUGCAUUAACAGCGCCAUAUUCAUAUCUCUGACGAAUCACACAAUGGGUGUGUCCAAAUUCAGGGGCUGCAUCCGUCUAAGGCCGCACUUAAAAGACUGAUUACAUCUGAAAGAUGUGACGAAGAAUUGUCCAAACUCAAAGUCUCCAGAUUUGAAGGACGGGCCCAGCGAAUCCUUCGCAGACCACCCAAUCCCAAGAUUCAUUGUUCUGACAAUGGUGGCCUUAGCAGGAAAUGAGAGCGGGAGAGGAAUACGGUUUUAAAUAUACUAAUAUCUGGCGGUAGAAAAAUGAAAAGCCUAAAGCGGUCGUAUUGUUAAAGCUUUUGUCAUUUGCGUUGUUUUUAAUAUUACGGUAAAAAAAACAAACAAACAAAAAAAAACAAUUUAAUUCAAUAAUUUAAAUAAUAAAAAAGAUAAAGAGGUAAUACAAACGCAAGAUUCAUUUUUACUAGUUUGUGUUUAGCCCUGUCCCUGUUCCUGUGUGACACGGCGCACACAGAGGGACGGGCAGAGAUAAACCUGAAGGCUCCACAGCCGCCAUUUACUUUAAACGAAGGUAAACGGAGGAGCCAGCUCACGUCGACCGGUAGACUGUCGGAGUUACGCAGUCCCUGAAUUUGGACACCACCAUCAGAGGGCACACAGGUAGAAAACCUCUGCUCUGUGUUUGAGACAAACAUGAACUGUGAGAAUUCCAGAGACAUAAUCCAUACAGGGAGGGAAAACUCUGGAUGACGGUGCGUAGGACUCCCUUUCCUUCUUCCUCCUCGGAGUUACCUUUAAAAGUUUCCGUUAUCGUUUUUUUUUUUGUUUUUUUCUUGACGCAUUCUCUCGGCUGCCUUACAUAUCUUUUCUUAAGAUACGCAUGUCUGUUUUUUUUUUUUUUUUUAAUACUCCAAACUCAUCUUUUAGGCAGUCUUUUAAAAAGAUGCAUCAUCAAGGUGAAUGAUGAACCCUGAGAUAUGUGAAUGGAUAAAAAGAACAAAGGAAAUUAGUUGCCGAUAAGUAAAAGAUGUUUUUCAGAAUGUUAUUGCAGUGUACGAAAUAUCUCAAAAAUAAAUAUGGAAAUUGCUUUUAAUGUGUAUUUUAGGUAGAUGUGUUAAAACUAAGUGACAAUGUUUUUAAUGUCUUGCAGGUUUACAUUUGUUUGUAUCUUGCUUUUUUUUCUCUUUUUUUUUUUUUGAGUAAGAAAAAGAUGAAGUAUUUUCUUUGUCCAUCAAGCUUUCUCUGUCGUAUCCGACCGCUUACUUGUUGUACUUGAGUCGGAGCAGAAGAAUCCAAACUUUGGAUGGGAAUUAUUUGUAGGAGGCUGCUAGGAUUAGUUGUGAGCUAGUGUUUGAGCUAGCUGUAGAUUGUGUUGCAAGGAUGCUUACAUGGAUGGCAUUUAAGUAUUUCAAACUGCAGGCCUUGGAGUUCUAACCUUAAACCAAGAGCUUAUAAAAAAAACAACAACCUUAGUCCAAAGUUAACCUGAAGCCUGAAAAUCCAAUUUUAAAAAAUCCUUUUCAGAUUUAGUUCCGUCUGUUGUAAAUCUCUGAUAGUGUGGUCACUGUGGCUCCUUGGUUUGAGAUGUUUCUGAAAAAAAAAAUAAUCUCAUACUAAGUUUAAAUUCCUUCUAAAUGUUCACUUAACUGUCUGUCUUAUCUUUUGAUUUCCAACAUUAUAGCAUGCUAGUGACAUUUCUCUUGUAGCGGCUAUUGCUUACUGUAUGUAGCUAUUGCUUAGCAUACAGACCUAUUGCUACUUACUAUAUAAGCUUAUUAUGUCCAGUAUUGAUUUUAAUUUUUUCUUAUAGUGUCGGGCUACUCCAUAUACAAUUUCACCUUUACAUAAUCUAUUUUUAAUAACUAUACAGGUUUACCAUAUGAAUCUUUUACAAACUAUGCAGGGGUAUUGCUGGUCGUAUGGAGCUAAAGACCUUUUGAUUUCUUACUUAGUACCUCUUUAGUUUUUUUCUUACCAUUCAGUUUUUGUAUUUAUUUUGUUUUGCUUUCUAACCUUACAGAUCUACUGCUUAGCAUACAGAACUUUUAUCUACCUUUUUGACAUAUUACAAAAACCCGUAUAGAUUAUUAUUUUUUCCUUCCGUACAAACUUUGUAUGAGAUUGCUUAACAUGCAAAGUUUUUCAUUUACUUUCUUAUUAUUAAAAUUUUUUUUUGGUCUCUUUCACCAGUAGAAAACUUUUCCAAACUGGACUUUUUCUUAACGUAUGAAACUACAUUGGGGUAAAAAUGAUUUUUAAAAGAAAGACAGCAUGUUGUUCACAGUGACCACAUUAUAGAGAGCUGCAUCACAUUCAUAUAAACAAAACUUAUCUUUUUUUUUUUUUGUUCUGUUCCUGAAACAACCAGGGACAAAUCUGAAUGUUCAUCUCACUCCUUCUUAACAUCUUAUUUCAUCCAUAAAUAUUGUUACAAUUUUACACCAACUCUCUUUAUGUUUAGUAAUGUCUGUGCAUCAGGUGAGCCCUAUUUGGAAAAAAAGAGAAACAUAAUCCAAAACCAUAGCACAUAAGCAUUGAAGCUAAAUCUCAUAUUGCUGCUUUAGCCACAGUUGGUGAUGUACGACAACUGUAGACCACUAGAGCAUUUUGAAAGCAAUUUUUUUUUUCCUGCAACAUAGACAGUGAGCCAAACCAACAAAGUGUUCAUCAGCCCCACCACUUUGUUACUCCUCUUCUCCUCCUCUUUUUUUUUUUUUUUUUUUUUAGCUGCUUUGUGGGUCUGAAAACACGGCGACUCCAGGAGAACGCAGUCAUGGAACCGCCUGGGCUUUGACAUUCAAAGCAACAGGGAGGUGCUAAGAGACUUGACUGUACAACUUGGGGGGGGAGGGAAACUUAUAGUUAUGUAUUUGGUUUUUUUUUUGUUUUGUUUUUUUCAUGAUAUAUUAUUUUCUGUUUGUAUAAAACAGGACCUCGAGAAAAAAAAAAAAAAAACAACACAACACAUCACCUCAUUUUUAUUUGUUUGUAUUCUUACCAAAACCUUGGGAGAAGAAACUACAUCUUUGCACAAUAGCUUUUUAAGAAAUCUUCACUUUUUUUUUGUUGUUUUCUUUGUUUGUUUAUGCUGUAGGAAAAGGAACCCUGACAGUGGGCCGCUGACGGCCCGGUGCGUUGGAAAAGCACACUUGGUAGUAUUGGAUAAUUCUGACUGUGCCUAAAGGUUUAAAACUGCGCAGCUUCACGCUGUCGUCAAAGUUACACUUUUUUUUUUAUUCCAACGUCAAUGUAAAAUUACACAAGUUAUGAGAUCAAAUCAUUAUUUUUUUUAUGAUUGAUCACACUUCCUAAUGAUCCUAUAUGAGCAGCUGUCGGCACCUUCCGUAGAAUUUCUAUUGUAAACCGAAGAUUAAAAUUAGAUUUUUUUUUUUUGUAAGAGUUUUAAGACUUUUUAAAGAAAAACUCUUGUGGUUUAAGCCAAAUUUGUAGCAGUCCCAUUGAGCAUUUAUAUUUUUGGAACAAAUUUCUCAUUUUGUCCCUAAAUGAAAGGAAAGAAGAAGAAAAAAAAGCUUUCAGUGUGCAUUAAGUUUGUCCUCCCUGGGUUUCUGUGAGCUAAUCUGAAUUCUAGCACUUUCAACUUUAAAAAAAAAAAGAGUUGUUUUUUUUUUCUAUUAAAGUUUCAGCUUAUAUGUUCAUAUGUUUUUAAUUUUGUAUUGAUCCUGUAUAUGUAUGUGCCAUUAGUUUGAUGUUUAAACUUUAUCAAGAUUUGUGUAUUUUCUCCUCUCCAAAAGAAUAACAGUAUUUUUUGAUAUACUUUUCACUAAUAUCCUUCUACAGAAGAGCUCCCCGCUCCUUUCCUCCUCGUUCCCUUGUUAUUUUUGACUUAACCAGCUUCGCCUGUCCUUUUUCAAAAGUGUAUCUAGUCAAACUGCAGCCAAGCAUUGGAAGAAAGCAGCAGCAGCAGCAUGUCUAUUUCUCAGAGGCGACGGUGAACAGAGCUGCUGUCAGCAGAGCGUCUGAAUCCACAGCCAGUCGCAGCGCUUGGAUCCUGCUGCAGCAAAAACUCAAGACGUCUUCACUGCAGCAGGAUCCGGGAUGAUAGGGCCGUCGAAAAUGGAAAAGAAAAGUGGGGUAAAUUUCUGCCAACAAAAAAAACUCAGAUAUUUUCAGAUUAAUCUAAAAGAUUUUCUAGAAGAAAAAAAAACGUGGACAUUUCUGAGCUUAAAGUCAGAAGUUUGCUAGAAAAAAAACUCAGAAAUUUCAAUUAAUCUCAGAAAUUUUCCAGGGGGAAAAAAGUAGGACAUUUCUGAGUUUGACGCAUCAAAGGUUUGCUAGAGAAAACUCCAAGGUAUUGAGAUUCAUCUCAGAAUCGUUUUUUUUUUUUAUUUUUAGACAAGACUUGGAAAUGUCUGAGUUUUGAAAAUUAAAACAUUUUGACUUUUGGAACAUUUUUGGGAAGUUUCUGUCUCAAAAUCUCUUGAGUUUUUUUCUUUAAAAAAUUGGACGUUUCAGACUCAGAAAUUUCCAUGGUUUCUCCAAGAAGACUUCUGAGAUUAAUCUCAUAAUUUUAGUUUUUAUUUUCGUGAGAAUUUGCUCCCUUUUUUUCUGUCUACAAAUGGCCUUAAUCUAACUGAUAUCUACUGGCCGUUUUCACAACACAGCUGGAAAAGUCAGUCACCCCUGCUAUGAAGCACUUAUGGUCUUUUUCAUAGAGCCACGAGUUUUAUUAUUAUUAUUUUUUUCAAAUAGUACAACUUGUUAAAAAGUCACGUUGAAGCACAGCGUUCAGGUGAAGCAGCUGCAGCUUCCGUCACAAACUUGUAAUUAUCAGUGGGUUUGACUCUGAUAUGACGUUGAUAUCUGUUUAUUGACAAGAUUUUGAGAAUUUUUCUAAAUCUUGUAUGGAAAAGUAAAAAAAAAAAAAAAAAAAUGUAGGAGUUGAAACUAAAACCGCUAUGGGAAUAAGAAAGAACUUUAAAAAUCCAGGAUGGGGGGAAAAAAAGAGCUCCAGAUGCAACAACAGAAAAAGUAAUAAUCUGAUACAUUGCACUUUUAAUUCACUAAAAUCACUGUAAUCAUUUUUAUCAUUAUUGAAAUUAUGCCAUACAUAAAUAUGGGAAACAUUAUCCAGUAGGGCUGGGUAUUUAGUGUAUCAUUUAUCAUGAAAAUGUUCUUUUAAGAAUUUUGGUUUGUCGUCAUCAUUAAUUGAUUUCAGUCGCCCCAGCUACCCAAUAAAUAGGUGAAGCAGUUUUUUUUUAUUGCUAUUGUUAUUAUUGCCACAUGAUUUCGGGAUGGAUUUGUCGCUCAGCCCUCAGUUUUUGUUGAGCAUCUUGUCAACGCGACAGAACGGGAAAUCGUUGGCAUGAAGGCUUGCAAAUUUGCUUGAGGUCCUAAAAAAGUUUUAUGAAUAUGCAGAUUGUCUAAUCGGUUUAUGGCUGAUUAAACUGACGGUAAAAAUUGUAAUCAUUUGCAGGAGGCCGCUGCCGUUCAAUGUGAUCACAACUACUUAACAGUUCAGGAAGUGGAAAAAAAAGAAACAUAUUCUUCAGGAAGUUGAGGCAAGUUUGAUAUGAGUAAUUUUGGUAAUGUUACAGAAAUAAUUAUAUAGAAAUAAUAAUAAUGAAUGUAGAAUUUUCACCUAUCCACUAGGUAAAUAUUGUGAGCAUUAAUGUUUUAGACCGUUGGGAGGGAAAAUGAUCAUUUUGGACGGCUGUAGUGCCUUUUUCCUUUGUCUGUCUAAAUUUUCCACACUUUUUCAGUGUGUGGCUUCCGUAGCUUGUGUUGAACAAACAGCUGAGACACAGACACUUCUGAAGCGCUGCGCUCUGACAGAGAUGUUGCGCUGGUCAUCCGCUUGGCUGCAGCUCCAAUACCUCAGCCUGCACCUGCUAGGGAUGCACUUAUCCUCCCUCUCUUUCCUUUUUACUGGUAGGUGCAGUGCCGACAUUUUAAGGGAAUUAUUUCCAUCAUUGUAAACCUGAGAAAUUGCUGAUUUGAUUCGAACGACUCUGUUCCCCUCUCUCACCCUCUAUUGUUUUUUGGCUUUAGUACGAACCUGGGUGACGUCUGGUGCAGACGGCGCCCACAUGUAGAUUUAUAUAUUUUUUAGCUAAAAUGUAAGUCGUGCAUUCCAUCCUCUUUGUGUAUCUUGUUAGGUGACAUAGCCCGUUUUUAUUUUUUUACAAGCAACUACAGCCACCUUUUGGGAUAAACUAAAAAAGGUGAACAAUAACCAGCUACUUGCGUUCUCUCACACUAUGUUACAUAGCAUGGAGCUUAUCGACUACAGGGAGAGUUCAAGGAUCCACAUCAGGAGUCUUCCUUUUUAACAUAUCUCAUGUAAUCAGUUGCUGCAAUUUCUUAGCGACAGAUGUAUAUUGGUUGAUCCAAAGAGAUGAACACAACAGCAGAAAUAUUGACUUAUUGUACAGUACAGUGUAUCUUUGACUUCUCAUGUGUUAUGUUGAAAUAAUUAAAAGACAAACCAGUGGUUUCAUACCCUA